AUGGACAAUGAUAAUAACAAAGAAAAUAUUAAUCUCGCAGAUAAUUCUGAAGAUGUAGAAAAAGUAUUGGCUGUUGUCGUGAGAAGAAGGAAAACAAUUCCACAAAAAUGUAUGAAAAUAUUUAAUAAAAUGACAGAAUUAGAAUUGAUACAAUUAAGAUUUAAAAAGUGUACAAAAAUUAAAUUACAUGACAGUACGAUUUUUAGAACUUUCAAUGGAGCAAUAACUAAAAAAUGUAUCAAUUCGUACUUACGACAAUAUUACGUUCCUAAUUUUGAUUUUAUUCAAAAAAUAAAUUUUUACAAAAAUAAUUACGAGCGUUAUCAAAGAAGUAAUGAAAAACAAUGGUAUGACAAUGAUUUUAUUAAAUGGAAAAUCUUACCUGGAAGUUUGUCUUUGGUUGUCGCCGGUUGUUUUGGAGAAAUUAAUGUAAACGAGAAAAGAUUAUUCAGAGCUGCCCAGUAUGGAAAUGAUACCGAAAUAAAAAAUCUAGCAUCAGAAGGAAUGGAUAUGAACACCAGACAUCCAAUGGGAUGGACAGCUCUCCAUGUAGCUUCAAUUAAUAGCAGGCUUGGGGUGGUGAAAGCUUUACUCAAAGCCGGUGCUGAUCCUGAUUUAGGAGACGAUUUUAUUAAUAUUCAAAGAACUGCAAUUGAAAAAGGAUUGCAUUCGAUGAAUGUUUUAAUGGUUCGAGAAGAAGAAUUUAGUAAUAGGCUUAACAAUAGAGCUACCUUUCAAGGAUUUACCGCUCUUCAUUAUGCUGUUUUGGCUGAUGAUGUUGAAGUUAUUGAAGCACUCUUGGAAGGUGGUGCUAACCCUUUGAAAGAAAAUGAUGCUGGUCAUCGUCCAUCUGAUUAUGCAAGAGAAGGAGAUGUUAAAAACAUGUUGUUAAAAUAUGCCGUAAAGUUUGACGAAAUCCAAAAGCAAAGGGAAGCUGAUGAAAGGAGACGAUUCCCAAUCGAAAUGAGACUAAAAGAACAUAUAGUGGGACAAGAGGGACCCAUAGCGAUAGUGGCAGCAGCUAUUAGAAGAAAAGAAAAUGGAUGGGCAGAUGACGAACAUCCUUUGGUAUUUUUAUUUUUGGGUUCGUCAGGUAUAGGAAAAACGGAAUUGGCCAAACAAUUAGCCAGGUACAUACACAAAGACAAACAAAAUGCCUUCAUUAGAUUAGACAUGAGCGAAUAUCAAGAAAAACACGAAGUUGCAAAAUUAAUCGGUGCUCCUCCGGGAUACAUAGGUCACGACGAUGGAGGUCAAUUAACGAAACGAUUAAAAAAAUUUCCAAAUGCUGUUGUGCUUUUUGACGAAGUCGACAAAGCUCAUCCGGAUGUUCUCACGGUUUUACUACAAUUAUUCGACGAAGGUCGAUUGACUGAUGGAAAAGGACGAACCAUUAUGUGUAAAGAUGCUGUUUUUGUAAUGACGUCAAAUUUGGCGAGCGAUGAAAUUGCCGAAUAUGCCAUACAAUUGAGAAAAGAAGCAGAAGAAAUAAAUAAAAAUAAAUAUAAAAUGGAGGGAAAGGGAGAAGACAAUGCGAGUAUGACGGAACAAGUGACCGUUUCGAGGGAUUUCAAAGAGGAAGUUGUACAACCGAUAUUGAAAAGACAUUUUCGAAGAGAUGAAUUUUUGGGAAGGAUAAACGAAAUCGUUUAUUUUUUACCAUUUUCACAAUCCGAACUAUUGAAAUUGGUAACCAAAGAAUUGGAUUACUGGAAAAAAAGGGCAUUUGAAAAACAUGGAAUCGAAUUAACGUGGGAUCCGGAAGUUGCAGCCGCUUUAGCGGAUGGUUACGACGUACAUUAUGGCGCGAGAUCGAUCAAAUACGAAGUCGAAAGACGAUUGAUAAGUCAAAUUGCCGCCGGACACGAACAAGGAGUUGUCACUCCCGGUUGCGCCGUUAAAAUCAAAGUCACUUGGCCGAAAUCGGAUGGAAGUACGAAAACGGAAACGCAUUCGACGUUAAAUCUUCACGUUCGACAAAAAGGACAAAAAGAUUUCGUUGAAGUCGAUCAUUAUGACGCCUACGUUGCCGACAACAUAUUCAUAUGA